AUGGGAGCAAGCGGUGGCAGCGUUCUAGCUCGGCAAAUCCGACCGCAGAAAUUCCUUUUCCACUUCUUCUUUUGGGGUUUCCACUGGGCAUUAUUCGCGAUAGGAUGGUGGAAACAAGCAGGUGACAUCCGUUUGGCUCCGCUCAAUGCUCUUCAGUACUCAGUAUGGAUCUCACGAGGUGCUGGUUUGGUUUUGUCAGUCGACACCAUGGUCAUCGUGAUGCCCAUGUGCAGAAACAUUCUUCGCUGGCUAAGGCCGAAAGCGCGAUGGCUACCGCUUGACGAGUCACAAUGGUUCCACCGACAAGUAGCAUAUGCUAUGCUUUUCUUUACGGUCGUACACACAUCGGCACAUUAUGUCAACUUUUACAAUGUUGAGCGCACGCAAGUACGACCUCAAAUCGCUCUUCAGAUCCAUUACACCGAAGCUGGCGGCAUUACUGGCCACAUAAUGUUGUUCUGCAUGCUUUUGAUCUACACCACCGCCCACCAUAGGAUCCGACAACAGUCGUUCGAGACCUUCUGGUACACUCACCAUCUAUUCAUUCCAUUCCUGCUUGGUAUGUACACGCACGCAACUAGCUGCUUUGUUCGUGACACAGCUCCCGCCUUCUCUCCAUUCGACAAGAAUAAUUUCUGGACCCAUUGCAUUGGCUACGAGGGAUGGCGAUGGGAGCUUGUUGGUGGCGGCUUGUAUCUCUUCGAUCGUCUAUAUCGAGAGAUUCGCUGUCGGCGGCAAACUGAGAUCGUCAAGGUCGUCCGCCACCCCUACGAUGCUGUUGAGAUCCAAUUUACCAAGCCUAGCAUGAAGUACAAGCCCGGACAAUGGCUCUUUCUGAACUGCCCAGAAGUUAGCUACCACCAGUGGCAUCCAUUUACGAUCACCUCAUGCCCACAUGAUCCAUACGUCUCCAUUCACGUCCGCCAGGUUGGUGACUUCACCCGCGCUCUUGCCGAUGCUCUUGGCGCUGGUCAAUCGCAAUCAAAACUCUAUGACGAGCUCGACCCUAUGGGCAUGUACGAAAUCGCUCUACAGCACGGCCAAAAGAUGCCGGCUCUGCGAAUCGACGGACCUUACGGAGCGCCUGCUGAAGAUGUUUUCGAGAACGAAGUCGCAGUCCUCAUUGGUACUGGUAUUGGUGUCACACCGUGGGCUUCGAUCCUAAAGUCGAUUUACCACCUCCGCCUUAGCCCGAAUCCGCCAAAGCGCCUUCGCCGCGUAGAAUUCAUCUGGGUCUGUAAGGACACGUCAUCUUUCGAAUGGUUUCAGACGCUGCUUUCGUCACUCGAAGCACAAUCUCUUGGCGGAUCGGACGGCGACCAGUUCCUGCGUAUCCACACCUAUCUUACGCAGAAGAUGGACGCCAAUACUGCGCAAAACAUCGUCCUGAACUCCGUAGGUACGGACAAAGAUCCGCUAACUGAGCUGAAAUCAAGAACGAACUUUGGCCGUCCAGAUUUCCAUCGCUUGUUGUGCGGUAUGCGCGAUGGCAUUCUGGAUCGGACUUACAUGAAUGGGCUAGAGAGCACGUUGAGGACGGAGGUUGGUGUGUACUUUUGCGGUCCGAAUGUAGCUGCAAGGACUAUCAAGAAGGCAUGCAAGCAAGCGACAUGUCAGGAAGUGAACUUCAAGUUCUGGAAGGAGCAUUUCUAG